CGAAAGGGCGGGAAAGGCAGUUGGAGAAGGAGAGGUAAGCGGUUACUCACUCCAUGGCUGCAGCAAGGAGAGGCGGCGGCGGCCUCGGCUGAAGAAAGGUGGGAGCGGAGAGCGCAGGCGUGGAAGAAAAUACACAGAUGUGCUUCCUUCCCAGUCCUGACAAAUGGCCUUUCCUUAAGUUCCUCAUUAAUUCAUAUGAAGACAACACAUUUGGUGACUAAAUUUGGAAUCAGAGGCUUUUAAAGAUGUUUGAAAGUUUCCAUAAUAAAACACUUCUGAGAAAGGGGGACCUGCCUUUCACAGCCUCCCAGCUGCUCUGACCCCAAUAUCAGGAACUUGGCGUCUCUGAUCUAACAAGGGCACCACUAACAAGGACAAAGCCACCAUCAUUCACCUUGAUUCCGCACAUGCCCAACGAUGACUUCUGUCCCGGGCUAACCAUAAAGGCCAUGGGUGCUGAGAGAGCCCCCCAGAGGCAGCCAUGCACCCUGCGCCUCCUCGUCGUUGUCCCCAUCCUCCUCAGCCUGGUGGCCUCCCGGGACUGGAAGGCUGAACGCAGCCAAGACCCCUUCGAGAAAUGCAUGCAGGAUCCUGACUAUGAGCAGCUGCUCGAGGUGGUGACCUGGGGGCUCAAUCGGACCCUGAAGCCCCAGAGGGUGAUUGUGGUUGGCGCUGGUGUGGCCGGGCUGGUGGCCGCCAAGGUGCUCAGCAAUGCUGGACACAAGGUUACCAUCCUGGAGGCAGAUAACAGGAUCGGGGGCCGCAUCUUCACCUACCGGGACCAGAACACGGGCUGGAUUGGGGAGCUGGGAGCCAUGCGCAUGCCCAGCUCUCACAGGAUCCUCCACAAGCUCUGCCAGGGCCUGGGGCUCAACCUGACCAAGUUCACCCAGUACGACAAGAACACGUGGACGGAGGUGCACGAAGUGAAGCUGCGCAACUACGUGGUGGAGAAGGUGCCCGAGAAGCUGGGCUACGCCUUGCGCCCCCAGGAAAAGGGCCACUCGCCCGAAGACAUCUACCAGAUGGCUCUCAACCAGGCCCUCAAAGACCUCAAGGCACUGGGCUGCAGAAAGGCGAUGAAGAAGUUUGAAAGGCACACGCUCUUGGAAUAUCUUCUCGGGGAGGGGAACCUGAGCCGGCCGGCCGUGCAGCUUCUGGGAGACGUGAUGUCCGAGGAUGGCUUCUUCUAUCUCAGCUUCGCCGAGGCCCUCCGGGCCCACAGCUGCCUCAGCGACAGACUCCAGUACAGCCGCAUCGUGGGUGGCUGGGACCUGCUGCCGCGCGCGCUGCUGAGCUCGCUGUCCGGGCUUGUGCUGUUGAACGCGCCCGUGGUGGCGAUGACCCAGGGACCGCACGAUGUGCACGUGCAGAUCGAGACCUCUCCCCCGGCGCGGAAUCUGAAGGUACUGAAGGCCGACGUGGUGCUGCUGACGGCGAGCGGACCGGCGGUGAAGCGCAUCACCUUCUCGCCGCCGCUGCCCCGCCACAUGCAGGAGGCGCUGCGGAGGCUGCACUACGUGCCGGCCACCAAGGUGUUCCUAAGCUUCCGCAGGCCCUUCUGGCGCGAGGAGCACAUUGAAGGCGGCCACUCGAACACCGAUCGCCCGUCGCGCAUGAUUUUCUACCCGCCGCCGCGCGAGGGCGCGCUGCUGCUGGCCUCGUACACGUGGUCGGACGCGGCGGCAGCGUUCGCCGGCUUGAGCCGGGAAGAGGCGUUGCGCUUGGCGCUCGACGACGUGGCGGCAUUGCACGGGCCUGUCGUGCGCCAGCUCUGGGACGGCACCGGCGUCGUCAAGCGUUGGGCGGAGGACCCGCACAGCCAGGGUGGCUUCGUGGUACAGCCGCCGGCGCUCUGGCAAACCGAAAAGGAUUACUGGACGGUCCCUUAUGGCCGCAUCUACUUUGCCGGCGAGCACACCGCCUACCCGCACGGCUGGGUGGAGACGGCGGUCAAGUCGGCGCUGCGCGCCGCCAUCAAGAUCAACAGCCGGAAGGGGCCUGCAUCGGACACGGCCAGCCCCGAGGGGCACGCAUCUGACAUGGAGGGGCAGGGGCAUGUGCAUGGGGUGGCCAGCAGCCCCUCGCAUGACCUGGCAAAGGAAGAAGGCAGCCACCCUCCAGUCCAAGGCGAGUUAUCUCUCCAAAACACGACCCACACGAGGACCUCGCAUUAAAGUAUUUUCGGAAAAA